CUGUAGCGUGCAACUGGACUUGUUAUCCUCCCUCCCUUGGCUCCACGGCUCUGCCAGCAACAAGCUUCCUUCAUGCAUCAUCAGCAACAGCAGCAGGCUGCCGCUACUCAGUUACUAUGAAGCCUCCUAGGUUCUUUCCUCUACCUAUAAAUAUUGGCACGGAUAUUUGCCAAAUAUCAAGGAUACAGGCCAUUGUCAGCGGCCCGCGGGGGUCGAGAUUUGUAGAUCGCAUCCUGGCGCCUGAGGAACGCCAGACGAUGAAGCAGCGCGGUCUCGAUGUCGCGGAAAGUAAGAACAGGGAGAGUCAGUCAUAUGCCGAUGAUUUACGGAAACAGGCUGCAUUUUUAGCUGGAAGGUUUGCAGCCAAGGAGGCAGCUAUUAAGGCGCAUUCACAUCGCCGUCUAACGUUUCACGACGUGAUUAUUGAGCCGCGGCGUAACUUACUACCAGAAGUAAGCGGCUCAAGACUUGGGAGCGGACCUCCAGUAGCGAGGAUAAAGGGAAAGACAGAGGCAGAUGAGGAUGAGACGGCUAUGGUGUCCAUCAGCCAUGACGGAGACUAUGCUACGGCGGUUGUGCUGGCUCACGACCCAAGCGUUACGAGAGCUCCGGAAGCAUGAACGAGAGGGCAUUAGCUGUGUUACUAUUGUAUUAUUAGAACUUGAUUCCAGUAGUCACACAAAAAAAUAAUUAAAAUAACAUCAGUUUGGCAAAACAAUAAAAUUGUAGGUCGACAUCAGCAAUGGUUGAAAAAAAGAAAUCGAGCUUGCCGGUAUACCAGGGACUCGAACCCUGAGCCUUAGUCUUAUUAACUGCGCCCACCCGCGAGGGGCAGGCAGUCGAGAAAAUAGGAGGACUACGCGCUACCAUUGCGCCAGCACACCGUAAUAUUGAGUUACGUAUAUCAUACGCGGCACAGCUCACCAAUCG